AUGGAUGUGUUUCGUAUUUUAAGCCGAGGAGCAUCCCUCAAGCUGAGCAAAAAGGCUCUGGCAGACUUCCUGCUUCCAAAACCGGCUGCCGCAGCCAAAUCGAAUGUCUCCAAUAUGGAGGCCGAAAUAGACAAGGAAACGGAUUUUUUCCGGACCAGAAAAACCAAAAACGUGGAUGCUGACUCUGCCGCUGCCGAAUCUCUGGAAAAAUCCUCCGAGACUACUCGUAGAGGCCCUAAAACGAUCGAAUUCGACUAUGAUUCUGUCAUUUCCACCGAAAACGAAGCAGCAGAGUUCCGUCUACAAUCGCACUCCAAGGUAUAUGGUGAAGACAUUCCUCUUCCGAUUGGAUCUUUUGCCGACAUGACGACCCGUUUCAACAUGAACAAACGUCUCGUCCAUAAUCUUCUCGAUGCGGAGUUUGUCGAGCCCACUCCUAUUCAAUGUGAGGCCAUCCCCUCGACUCUUGCUCAUCGAGAUGUUCUUGCAUGUGCGCCUACGGGUUCUGGUAAGACAUUGGCCUUUCUCAUUCCUAUGAUCCAAGCUCUCUUAGAGGAGGCGCCACAAAAGAACACCUCGGUGCGCGGACUUAUUAUUGCGCCCACCAACGAGUUGGCGCUGCAAAUCCAUGCUCAACUCCAGGUCCUCACCAAGGGUCACAAGAGCUUGCCCAGCGCCAUCUUGUCGAGACAGUUAGCCGUGCGUCUCUCCGAGAAUAUCGUCAAGGCAGGUAAAUAUGCCAUCAUCGUGUCGACGCCAUUGAGACUACUAGAUGUGGUGAAAAACGGAAACAUGGACCUCACCGCAGUCGAAGAGCUUGUCAUUGAUGAGGCCGACCGCUUGUUCGACAAGGGGUUCGUUGAACAGACCGAUGCCAUCUUGGCCGAGUGUACACAUCCUCGACUCAGAAAGCUGUGCUUCUCUGCUACAAUUCCUACCGGUGUCGAGGAUCUCGCUAAGUCCAUUAUGCGUGAUCCCAUUAGAAUCGUUGUUGGUAAAAGAGACACUGCCUCCUCUACGAUUGACCAGAAAUUGGUGUUCACAGGGUCCGAGGAAGGAAAGCUUGUGGCUAUCCGUCAAAUGAUUCAGCAGGGUGAGUUCAAGCCGCCAGUGAUUAUUUUCUUGCAGCUGAUUCCUCGUGCUAAAGCCUUGUUCCACGAGUUGUUGUACGACAAGCUCAAUGUGGACGUCAUCCACGCAGAGAGGACACCCAAACAAAGAGAUGAGGUUAUCAAGCGCUUCAAAAACGGUGACAUUUGGGUGCUCAUCACCACUGAUGUUCUUGCCAGAGGUGUGGAUUUCAAGGCCGUCAACCUUGUCAUCAACUACGACGUGCCGCAGUCAGCACAGACAUACGUGCACAGAAUCGGUAGAACCGGUAGAGGAGGUAAGGAAGGACGUGCGGUGACCUUUUUCACCAAGGAAGAUAGCAUGACCGUCAAGCCUAUUGUCAACGCCAUGAAACAGUCAGGCAGUACCGGAUACAGCGACUGGAUGGAGAAGAUGAGCAAAUUGAGCAGCUACGACAGAAAGCGUGUCAAGACACAGCUCUUGGAGAGAAAGGAGAUCAGUACGGUGCCCAAGAUUGUCAAACAGAAGAGAAAGCAGAGACAAGACAUGAUCGAGGCGUCCAAGAAAAGAAAAGAGCAGGAUAAGACGAGCUAG